AUGGAGUGGUCAACCAUACAAAGUCUUCUGCUCUUCGUCGCGCCGCUCCUUCUCCCUCGCGCUCUCGCGAUAAUCCGGUCUCUGCGCAACCCGAGGCCGAAUCCACGUGGUCCACCUCCAGCCAAGCCUUUACCUCGAGUCACGUCUCUGACCUUACUCCUACUGCUGCUUUCCGCCUCCGCCUUCUUCCUCUCAACAUUGCCGACGCUUCACCCAGAGAACAUCUUCCGAUUGACCCACUCCCGCCUCCAAACCUCAUCCGGCGUCCUCCAAACCCGACUCGCGGCCCUACGCGCCCUGACCCCCGACGACCACGCCCUCCGCCGAAUCUUCGACUCCACCCCCAAGAUCGACCCGCGGCUUCUCUACGCACAAUUCGGACCUCGAGACCUCAUCGACGCCUUCCCUCUCCUCAUCACCCAGACCCCCAACGGCGAAACCCUCGCUCGGGAUGCCGGCACCACCCUCCUCUACUUCGCCCUCCCAUCCCAUCUCCUCCCGCACAUCGCCCACCUCCUCGUGAUCGGGAUCGCCACCUCGACCACCCUCGCCGGCAGCGCCGCCGCCCGCUGGCGUUCCGCCGCCAUCAUCGCCAGCCUGACCCUCUGCGCCGCCGAGAUCUACCUCCUGGCGACCUACGACGACGGCGCGAACCGCACCGCCACACGGAUCAGCGAGACGGACUUUCUGCACUGGAAACUGCUGCUGGGACGGGGUCUCGGCGGGACGGCCAUCGACGCGCUGCUCGGCUGGGCGAUCUACGCGGGGACCACCGGCCGCGGAGGACCGGACUUCCUGACCUCGCUCGCGCGGACGCCCGAGUCGCCCGAGGCGCGGCUCGCGCAGCACGGCGCGCAGCUGGAGAACGCCCUGCGGAAGAUUCAGGGCCUGGGCGUGCUCCGGAACGCGCUCGUGCGCGACCCCCCCGCGAGGGAGAGGAGCGAGAGGUAUUGGGUGCAGGAGGGCGAGGUCAUGAAGGACGUGUUCGAGACGCGGGAGGUGGUGGAGGCGUUGAGGGGUGCGCUGGGCAGGACGGAUGUCGCGAGGGUGGGCCGCGAUGCGGAUGAGUUUGUGGAUGGGGUUCUGGCGCCGAUGAGGCGGUGA